CUGUUCGUGCAACUGCAACAUUUGCAACGUUAAAACCCGCUCAAAUCGGUCUCAUAGCUGGCGUACGGCCCACCAACAUACACGCAUGGUUUCAGUGUCUUGUUCAUUGACAGCCCCCAAAACCCUCUCUCUAUCUCUCUUUGCAACAGUCUCUUGUUAGUUCUUUCCAUCUUCCAAAACACAUUGCAACUGUCUCUGCCUUUUUUUUUUCUUUUUCAUUAUUUUCUACGUGCAUACACCAUUGCUGGUUAGAAAAGCUAGCUUGCCAUGGGGAUCCCGGCUGUACUUGUUGUAGUUCCUGUGGGCAUACUUUUCAUUCUCUCAGGCCUUCUUGUCAAUCUCAUUCAGGCAGUUUUCUUCAUCCUUGUUCGUCCACUGUCAAAAAAUAUGUACAGAAAGAUCAACAAAGUAGUUGCAGAAUUACUGUGGUUGGAGCUUAUAUGUCUUGUUGAUUGGUGGGCUGGUGUCAAGAUUGAGCUGUACACAGAUUCAGAAACCUUUCAGUUGAUGGGUAAAGAACAUGCACUUUUCAUAUGCAAUCAUAGGAGUGACAUUGAUUGGCUUGUUGGAUGGGUCCUGGCUCAGCGCUUGGAUUGCCUUGGUAGUACACUAGCCAUCAUGAAGAAAGCAGUAAAAAGCCUUCCUGUCAUAGGUUGGUCAAUGUGGUUUUCUGGUUAUGUUUUUGUGGAAAGAAAUUGGGCCAAGGAUGAAAGCACAUUGAAGUCAGGUUUUCGACAGCUAGAGGAUUUUCCAUUUCCUUUUUGGCUGGCGCUUUUUGUGGAGGGAACUCGCUUUACAGAGGCAAAGCUUUUUGCAGCUCAGAAGUAUGCUGCUUCAAAAGGGUUGCCGGUUCCUAGGAAUGUUUUGAUUCCUCGUACUAAGGGUUUUGUUUCAGCAGUAAGUCAUAUGCGCUCAUUUGUUCCAGCAAUUUAUGACUGUACAGUGGCUGUUCCAAAAGAUCAACCUCCACCUACAAUGUUGAGAAUACUUAGAGGGAAAUCUUCUGUGGUAAAGGUGCACAUCAGGAGACAUUCAAUGCUGGAAUUGCCAGAAACAGCUGACGGCAUCUCACAAUGGUGUAAAGAUGCAUUUGUUACGAAGGAUGCUUUGUUGGAGAAAUACUCAUAUAAGGGCUCAUUCAGUGACCUACAGAAGAAAGACAUUGGUCGACCAAAGAAGUCUUUGUUUGUUGUCAUUUGUUGGCUAUGUCUCAUUGUCUAUGGCCUCGUCAAAUUCUUUCAAUGGUCUUCUCUCCUAUCCUCAUUGGAAGGCAUUGCAUUUUUAGUGAUCUUCUUGGUGCUUGUUACAUUUCUUAUGCACUUUCUCAUCCAAUCUUCAGAGUCAGAGCGUUCUACACCUGUCAAUAUACUGACACAAGUUCCAGGGGAGGAGCAGCUUCUUCAGAAAUAAUUCAAGAUUUAGCAGUAAUUGGUGUCUAGUCCAUCUGUGAUCAUAAAUAUCUUCUGAUAUUGUCCAUGAAAUCAACAAUUUUACCUAUACCCUCAUUAGUUAACUGGAUUGGAAAAUGUAGAAUAUGUGCAUAGCUUUAUUAUGCUGCUUAGGAAGUGUGAUAUAUGGUGAAUUGAGAUAUGGGUUGGGCUCAAUUCUUUUGGCUUGUUUACUGGAGUAGGAUGCUUCUGAAGAAGCCGGAGAAGCAUUGUCUUGAUCAUCUCUUAUUUGGGUGACUUUAAACAUUAUUUGCCUAGCAAGUUCUUUGAGAUCUUCUUUUGAUUUUCCUUGGAUUAGGGCAGAUUCCACUGUUGAAUAUAUAAUUGUGCAUUGCUUACA